AUCACUCGAAAGCAGCAUUAGGUCUGAUUGGCGUGUGUGUCCACUGUCCAGGCGCAAACGUCACGAGUCCGAAAUCUUCCGUGGAGUAGUUUAUCCGGACAGAAGAGUGGAAGAAGUGACUUGUAUCUGGAUUCCACUGUGCUGCAUUCACGGUGUCGUUAUGUGUGGAUGUUGUUAACAGAGGCACAGGCCGGUUGGGGCACUCCGAGGAACGAGCAGGUGCAUGUGGAUGGCGAUAAAACUCCAGGAAAACUCCGCUCUCUCCACACGGCUUCAACAUCGGCAGGUCGAUAAAAUACUUGAAGAAUUGAACUAAAACGACGUCUUAAUUUGGGGGGAAGCUGAAGAACACUUUCCAUGGCUUUCUCCUGUCGGGAAUAGCAUGUUAAGCCCAUGUUAAGCAGCGUCCUCGGUCGUGUCUCACGCAAACAUGGAGAAAAGUUAAAAGUGACCGUUUAAGCUAACCUACCUCAGCCGGGACGUCGACGUUCAUGUUUUUUGUAAACUUUUGCAUCGUUGUUUUGUCUUUUUUGGAGAGAAACAACACGGUGGAUACAUGGUGAGACUUUAGCACAGAUUUCAGGAUAUCACUGGAGCUGAAGAGGCAAUGGAGAAGAAGAAGAAGCCGACCGAUGUGUCACGCUCCCCGGACGGUAGAGCCAAGGACAGAGUGGACAGUGUGGAUCCGUAUGGCUUUGAGCGCUCAAAGGACUUUGAUUAUGAUUCAUAUGAGGAGCUCAUGUCUGAGUAUCUAGUUGUGCUCACCCGAAGAUCCAUCAAGUGGUCCAAACUAGUGAAGGGCAGAGGCAAGGUGCAGAAGAAUGUCAAACUAAAGCGUUAUGUACGGAAGGGGAUUCCCAAUGAGCACCGGGCUUUGAUCUGGAUGGCAGUCAGCGGGGCUCAAGACCAGCUAGAGAAGAACCCUGUAUAUUACCAGUCACUGCUCGGAGCCCAGCAUGACCCCAAACUGGUGGAGACCAUCUGCACAGACUUGAACAGAACAUUUCCAGACAACGUCCAGUUCCGCAAGACCUCCAACCCAUGUCUGCAGAAAGCCCUGUACAAUGUGCUGCUGGCUUACGGCCACCACAACUCAGCUGUGGGCUACUGUCAGGGGAUGAACUUCAUAGCUGGGUAUCUGCUUAUCAUCACAAAAGAUGAAGAGAAGUCCUUCUGGCUGAUGGAUGCACUUGUCGGUAGAAUUUUACCAGACUACUACACUCCAGCCAUGCUGGGGCUGAAGACGGACCAGGAGGUGUUAGGUGAACUGGUGAAAGUUAAAAUCCCCGGAGUGUGGCAGACCAUGAUGGAUCAUAAUGUCACAUGGACCCUGGUGGUCUCCCGAUGGUUCAUCUGCCUCUACAUAGACGUCCUGCCAGUAGAGACAGUACUGCGGAUUUGGGAUUGCCUGUUCUACGAGGGCUCUAAAAUCCUGUUCCGUGUGGCUCUGACACUGAUGCACCACAACCAGGAUCUGAUUCAACAGGCCCAGUCACUGCCGGACAUCUGCCAGAACUUUAAGCAAAUCACCCAUGGGCCGUUUGUCGAUGAUUGCCAUACUUUCAUGCAGAAAAUCUUCACUGAACCAGGAAGUCUCUCCAUGGCAACCUUGACUAAGCUGCGGGGGAUGUGCCGCUCUCACGUCAUUGCUGAAGAAUCCUGAACCAAACUCGACUACCUGCUGCUCAAACUCAAUACACAUUCCACUGGGAUGAGCACCCAACAGCUCGUUUGCACCUUUUUUUUUUAAACUUACUGAUUUAAUGUCACAGUGAAACCACAUACUGCUGUAUUUUGUCUUAAACAUAUCGAUCAGACGAUCGUGCAGCCCAGGUGUAAAUAUAUGGUUAAAUGAGAAUAUUCUUAGCAAUGUGCUGUAUGACCUGAUGAUUCCUUUUGAAGCUAACGUAGUUUAUUUUGGUGAAUUACGCACUUUACUCCAGAAAGUCAGAGACGCUGUAGAGAAAAGGCUUGGCAGCAUAUGGUCAGAUAAAGAAUGUGUCAAACACUGUGAGCUCAGCCAAGAGGCCUACUGUAUUUCACAUUGAAUGUUAAAUGAAGACUCCAUGCUGGCUCUACCUGCUGUGCUAAUCGAAUGUAAAUCACACUGAUGUCAUGACACAAUUUUUUUCCAAACAUUUCAAAUCUAUUUCAUGUACUUGUUGGUUGUGCGAUGAAAUAAGUGGAAUUGAAAGGGCUGUUCUCUUUUUCUAAA